AUGAUGGGACUAUUCAACCAAGCCACGCAGAAGGUGCACAGGCCACGCGGGUCCUCCGACGACAAGGGUAGUCCUGAAGCCGAAGCUACUGAUUCAGAUGAUGUCUCUAUCCUGGAUGAGGAGGAGGGUUCGAUCAUCAAGAGCAUGAUUUCACAGCUGAGAGUCGGAAUGGACCUGUCGAAAGUCACCUUCCCAACGUUCGUCCUCGAGCCCCGGAGCAUGCUUGAGCGCAUCACAGACUUUAUGUCCCAUCCAGAUCUUGUCUUUGGCGCUGAGCAAGAAGACGACCCCGAGGAGCGGUUCAUCCGCGUCCUGCAAUACUACCUUGCCGGAUGGCACAUAAAGCCGAAAGGUGUAAAGAAACCGUAUAACCCUGUCUUGGGCGAGUUCUUCCGCUGUCGGUACGACUACCCUGACGGCUCGCAGGGGUUCUACAUCGCCGAACAAGUCUCGCACCACCCGCCUGUGUCCGCAUUCUUCUAUGUCACGCCCGCAAACAAGGUGUGUAUCGUCGGCGAGCUACGGCCCAAGAGCAAGUUCCUCGGGAACAGCGUCUCCACGCAGAUGGACGGCGAGAACCGCGUCUACCUCAUGGACCGGCCGACCGACGGGCCGUACGUGAUCUCGAUGCCGAAUAUGUACGCGCGGGGGAUCCUGUGGGGCAAGAUGGUGCUCGAGCUGGGGGACACGUGCACGGCGCGCAAUGACCGGAACGGGUACACGGCCGAGAUCCAGUUCAAGACGAAGGGCUACUUCUCGGGCACGUACAACGCGAUCCAGGGCAAGAUCCGCGCGGGCGCGCAGGAGGCGGGCGAGGUGACGGGGAAGUGGAGCGAGACGAUGGAAUACCAGAGUAGGAAGGUGCGUGUCGGCACGGGCCAGAAACGCAUCCUGUUUGAUGCGCAGAAGGACGGCGACAAGGUCGCACCGAAGUGGGUUGCCCCGGAGGAUGAUCAGGAGCCUAACGAAUCCCGACGCCUAUGGCAGAACCUGACCGAGGCAAUCCUAGCGAAGGACAUGAACGCGGCGACGGAGGCCAAGACGGCAGUGGAGGAGUCCCAGCGGGAGCUGCGCCGGAGACGAGACGAGAGCGGCCAGCAGUUCGUCCCGCGGUUCUUCUCGCAAGACAAGGACGGGCGGUGGGUGCCCAAGAUCAAUUUGCCUGAGGACCCGCAAGAAGCUGUAGAAGCGGUCAAGGCGUGGAUCUGGGCCGCGCCUCCUGGCCAACGCUAA